AUGGCUGCCGUCAUUAAGGAGGAGCUCGGUGCUCUUUUUCUGGCUGACAAUGGACUAAAAGUCGACUCCCAAACCUGCUGCAAGUUUCUGGACGAUGCUCUGCUGGUGCAAAAAGAAGCGGACCUGUUUGUGGAAAAUGAAAACCGCGAGACUCCAUGUGACUGUGCAGAGAAGCAGCACCACAAGGAUUUGGCCCUACGCCUGGAGUCGCAGAUGGUCUUCUCUCUGGCCCCCGAGGCCGAGAGUAUAGAAGCAGAGUACGCUGCUCUCGACCGAAGAGAGUUGUACGAGGGCCUGCGGCCUCAGGAUCUACGGAGGCUGAAGGACAUGCUGAUAGUGGAGACGGCUGAUAUGCUGCAAGCUCCUCUUUUUACUGCAGAAGCUCUGCUACGUGCCCACGAUUGGGACAGAGAGAAGCUCUUGGAGGCCUGGAUGAACAAUGCGGAGGAAUGCUGCCAGCGCUCAGGGGUCCAGAUGCCGAAUCCCCCUCCCAGUGGCUGCAAUGCGUGGGACACCUUGCCGUCACCCCGAACACCUCGCACCACCCGCUCCUCAAUCACCUCUCCAGACCAAAUCAGUCUCCUGCCCACAGACGACGAGUCUUCUCUGUGUGGUAUCUGCUUGUCUUCCAUCUUCUUCUUUGAAGAACUCGUUGACAUGCCUUGUGGCCAUGAGUUCUGCAGAGCAUGCUGGGAAGGGUUUUUAAAUCUAAAGAUUCAAGAGGGAGAAGCCCAUAACAUCUUCUGUCCAGCCUACGAUUGUUACCAACUAGUGCCAGUGGAAGUCAUUGAGAGUGUGGUCUCCAGAGAGAUGGACAGGCGCUACCUGCAGUUUGACAUAAAGGCAUUUGUAGAAAACAAUUCGGCAAUUCGCUGGUGUCCCGAGGCGGGGUGUGAAAGAGCGGUCCGACUGAGCACUCAGGGCCCUGGGACCUCCACCGUUGACCCUCUUAGUUUUCCUCUGCUUCGGGCCCCUGCUGUGGACUGUGGAAAGGGCCACCUCUUCUGCUGGGAGUGUCGAGGUGAGGCCCAUGAGCCCUGUUACUGUGAGACCUGGAAAAUGUGGCUACAGAAAGUCACUGAGAUGAAACCUGAGGAAUUGGCGGGUGUGAGUGAAGCUUAUGAGGAUGCCGCAAACUGCUUAUGGUUGCUCACCAACUCUAAGCCCUGCCCCACCUGCAAGUCUCCCAUACAGAAAAAUGAGGGCUGCAAUCACAUGCAGUGUGCCAAGUGUAAAUAUGACUUCUGCUGGAUCUGUCUGGAGGAGUGGAAAAAACACAGCUCGUCAACUGGUGGCUACUAUCGCUGCACUCGGUACGAAGUCAUCCAGCAUGUGGAGGAGCAGUCGAAGGAGAUGACAGAGGAGGCAGAGAAGAAGCACAAGAGCUUUCAGGAACUUGAUCGUUUUAUGCACUACUACACACGCUUCAAGAACCACGAGCACAGCUAUCAGCUCGAGCAGCGCUUGUUAAAAACUGCCAAAGAGAAGAUGGAGCAACUCAGUCGAGCCCUGAGUCAAAGGGACGGAAGCUCACCCGACACGACGUUUAUUGAAGACGCCGUCCUAGAACUGCUGAAAACUCGUCGUAUCCUCAAGUGCUCUUAUCCUUACGGGUUCUUUCUGGAGCCAAAGAGCACAAAGAAGGAAAUCUAUGAGCUUAUGCAGACGGACUUGGAGAUGGUAACUGAGGACCUGGCACAGAAGGUUAACAGACCGUACCUGCGAACGCCACGCCACAAGAUCAUCCGUGCUGCGUGUCUCGUACAACAGAAGAGACAGGAGUUCCUGGCCUCGGUAGCCAGGGGGGUGGCCCCUAAUGACUCUCCUGAAGCCCCCAGACGCAGUUUUGCUGGUGGAACAUGGGACUGGGAAUAUUUAGGCUUUGCGUCACCCGAGGAGUAUGCAGAGUUCCAGUACAGACGGAGACAUCGGCAGCGCAGACGAGGGGACAUGUCCAGUGUCCGGAGCAACACACCCGACCUCGAUGACCUCAGCGACGCUGCUUUAGACACACACGAUUCUGGAGGUGGACGCAGACAAGGCCCCUUGAUGGGUCUCGACUCCCUGGAUGAGGACGACCCCAACAUUUUACUGGCCAUUCAGCUGUCCCUCCAAGAGUCCAGGAUGGCAGGGAGUGGACCCGACCAGGACGUCCUCGCCAACGAAGCUUCACUCGGAGCUAUCGGCACCUCCUUACCUUCCAGGCUUGAGCAGAGCGCUCCAGGUGUUGAAGUCCCGCCCAGAGCUUCUUUCAGCAGCUCCGAGCUGCUGGAGCUUGGAGAGAACUUGGCAUGGCUCGGUGCCAUGAGCAGCCAGUACUCUGCAGCUGCUGGCGGCUCCAUCUCUGUGCAGCACCGUGGUGCUCAUCAGCGAGGGUCCAGACCAGGGGGCAGAAACUCUUCCACAGGCCACUUCUCUUCUUCCACUGACUCCCCCACAUGCAGCAGCCACGACCCGUCUUCGUCCUCUGCGUUACCAGCAAACGCUAACCUGCUCGGCAACAUCAUGGCUUGGUUUCAUGACAUGAACCCUCAAGGCAUCACCCUGGUCCCCCCGACGUCCUCCGACACGGAUUCAAACGUGAGUCCAGACCUGGCCUGUAGAGAAGAAUACCUACAAGAAGACGAGAGGAAACCUCAGGAAACGCCAGCAGACGGGGGGUUCUGCCCUCAGAGAGCGAGUGAUUCAGAGAAGGAGUGUGUCGUCGCUGAGAGGCCGACCCAGUUGGAUCUGGUGGGGGUGGAUGCCAUGCCUCUACCUUACAUGGCAGCCCUUGACACGAGUGGAGAGCUGGCUGAGGGCGCGGGCUCUAAGCGCUGUCACGUGGACACUCCACAGUGUGACUCUGGGUCUGACCAGCUGCCCAGCACCAGCUCCUCAGAGUGGGAGGGCCACCUGCACCUGGUGUAAUCUGUUCCCCCCAGACUGGAGGCGUGAAACCACUACAAAGAAGAAGAAUGUAGCCAGGAUCAAGAGUCACAUCCAGCUGCUGAAGGUGGGAAGAAGGAUUUAGACUCUUCAGUUCAAUCAGAUCACUUCCUUGUUUUUUGCUACUGUAAGUUUGCCCAUCUUCUCAAUGAAAGCACUAAUGAGAUCAUAAUGACCGUUUUCUGGAGGACGUCUCCUGUAAUGAAGCUUAUACUGAUUAAGAGAAGUAGCCUUUUCUAGAAUCACAUUU